GUACUUGUGUAUUACUACUUUUUAAUGCAGGUCGCCGAUACGACAGGUUCCAUCCAUUAAUGUAUUUUAUUUUUAGAUAUACCUACUUAACAAUAAAUGCAUAUAAAACAAUUUGUAGAGCAGUUCACCUUAGUAUGAACUUGAUGAACCACCUUUUGCUGCGACUUUGAUCAAUUAGAUUAAUACUGUGGGGCUUCCUUCCUCCAUACAAAGUCGCUUAAUAACCGGUAGUGCUGAAAGAUCGGUGCUCGUCCACUAACGUGUCAUAUAUCGGUGUAAGAUUGUGAUGAAGAAAAACAAUAAAAAUGCCUCCAACUAUGGGACUCAGAAGCUAUCGCCCGUUGAACCAAACGACGAUGCUAUCGAUUUGGACGACUUAUUACCGAAAAUUGGGGAGUUUGACAUAUACCAGAAACUGCUAUUGUGGUUGGUGUGCCUCCCCGCGUGCUUGCCCUGCGGCUUCUGCGCCUUCAACCAGCUGUUCAUGACCGACGUACCCGAGCACUGGUGCAAGGUUCCUGAGCUAAUGGCACUGAACUUGACACAGCAACAGAGGAAAGCACUUUCUAUACCCUACAAGGGAAAUGAAAACACAACUUUUGAAAAUUGUAUGCGAUAUGCAUUUAAUUGGUCGGCAAUUAUUCAAUCUGGGGAUCCAAUGUCAGUGAACAGAAGUGGAGCAGUAGAGCCUUGCUGGGAUGGCUACGAGUACGAUACAUCGGAGGUUACGUCGUCUAUCGUGAUAGACUUCGAUCUCGUAUGCGAUUACGAUGUUUACCCCACUCUCGGGCUGGUGGCUUUAAAUGUUGGGGGACCGAUCGGCGUCUACGCAUUCGGACUGCUGAACGAUCGUGUCGGUAGAAAGAAGUCCUUCUUCGCCUGCCUGUCCACACUUCUACUUGGAAGUCUGAUGACUGCUUAUUCUUAUACCUACUCAUUCUGGGUUUUAGCGAGAGUAAUUGUUGGGCUGACCAUACCUGCCGUCUACCAAAUACCUUUUAUUAUAUCACUGGAGUUAGCUGGUCCUAACUACAGAUCAUUUGUGACGGUUAUGACUUGUGUCUUUUACACAUUGGGUCUAAUAUUGCUAUCUGGAAUAGCGUACCUAAUACGAGAUUGGAGAACACUAUCAUUAGCGACAUCAGUCCCUUUCUUUUUCUAUUACUUGUACUGGUUCUUCUUGCCGGAAUCUCCAAGAUGGUUGCUCAUGAAGGAUAGAUUAGAGGAAGCAAACAAAAUACUCAAGUCGAUUGCCAAAAUGAACGGUAAGGAUUUGCCUGAAGAAUACACAACAAAGCUACAGAAACAAGUUCAAGAGCAAAAAGAAAAAGGAGUGAAAGCUGAAAAAAAUGCCAGUGUAUUCGCACUGUUUCGAACACCGAAUAUGAGACUUAAAACUUGUCUGAUUACUCUCAACUGGUGUGCUUCGGAGAUGGUGUACGUUGGACUAAGUUACUACGGCCCUGCUAUUGGAAGUAAUCAGUACAUGAGCUUUUUCCUUUCCUCUGCUGUUGAGAUUCCGAGUUACGUCUUCUGUUGGAUACUGAUGGACAAAGUAGGAAGGCGUUGGCCACUCUGCUCCUCAAUGGUCAUCAGUGGAAUAUUCUGCAUCGUCACCGUGCUGUUACCCGCAGAUGCUCAAACGGAAACCCUUAUCCUGUACUUAAUAUCCAAAUGUUUUAUAUCUGCAUCCUUCCUGAUAAUAUAUCCUUAUGCGGGCGAGUUGUACCCCACGGAACUGAGAGGCGUCGGGAUCGGCACGUCGGCCUACAUAGGCGGCUUGGGCUUGAUUAUAAUACCUUUUAUAAAUUAUUUGGGCUCCAGCAACCUAGUACUGCCUCUGGUUGUAAUGGGACUAGUGUCUGUCGUGGGAGGUCUGACAGCCCUCCGAUUGCCAGAGACCCUUCAUUGUCCGUUGCCCCAAACGGCUGAGGAGGGGGAAGAAUUUGGGAAGGACUGGACGUAUAAAGAUUGUUUUGUCUGCGGAGAACAAAAAAGAGUAGCAGAUACAGAAUCAUACGAGAGUUUGGAUCAACUAGAGCUAACCCAGCCUCCGACGGUAGACGAGGUUCCUGAUUUGACAUCAAGAAGACGGCCGUCUAUGCGUAAACUCGUACGACAAGGGAGUACUGUAGACACACAGAGGGAUUUCGAUGGGAAUAUGAAAAUGACGUACUGGUUUUAAACAACUUAGGAAUCAUCACAGUCGAUUUAUAUUAUAUGGGUAUAACACACAAAUAUGAGUAGGUAAGUAUAAUAGUGUAAUAAGUAGGUUACAUAAAAUAAAUGCAAUUUAGUAAGUGGUAUGUAAGCGUUUGUAAUGUAAUUAUUAACCACAUUAAUUGAAUGAUACCUAUUACCUAUGUGGAUUCCGUUUUUCCUUUUGAUGUUCGGAACCCUAAAAGAAAAUACAUGAAUAUAUUUCUUCGAAAUUUUAACCUACUAAGAAAAAAAUAUGUACCAACAUCUAAUAAGUAGAAACUUGUUUAUUUUAUACACCUAGUUGAAUUAAAUAGGUAGGUGUUAGAUAUAGUGACGUUCAGAAGAUAGCCGUGGUCAUAAAUACUAAUAAUCUAAGAGUUCGCUUACAACAACGAGCUGAAAGUCGGAGAUAUUGCGUCAUUUCAAUAUCGAAGUUCCUAAGACCGCCAUGCACCCUUAUCAUCAGAUCAGCUCACUACAACCAUAAUAUUGUAUAAUCAACGCAAUUACAUACAUAUAAGUAUGUGCUAAAUUUUAUGUCAAUCCGACGUCGGGAAUUGGGAAAAUUAUCAACUUGUAAGAGUUUAUUUUCUAGUAACAUGCUAAUAAUUUAUGAUUCUGCCCACCCUGUUAGGUAAUAUGAAAGUGAUUUUAAGGUAUGUGUAUAAUUAUAAAAUAGACAAUGAAUAUUAUUUUCAUUUUACCAAACAAACAUGGAGUCAUUAAUAAAGCAUAGGAGCCUCCCGAACAAAGACCUUGUAUAGAAUACAAGGUCUUUGCUCCCGAAUCAAUGUUUUUAUAACUAGAACAAAACAACGACUAUGCAGGAUAAAGUGUGUGAUUUGGCGGCUAAACGAAAAAUUUAAAAGUUAUCGCAGAUUCAAACGCUUGUAAGUAAUUAUUUUUCAAACCUAGCAAAAUCUAAGUCUAAUCUAAGUUUCAGUUAUUUCAUUUUUUUUAUACCUGUGGACGUGAGUAUAUAGUUCCAGUAAGUGAGUAGUUCUUGGAACACCGGAAGUCAAUAUCAUUACCGUGAAUUCAAACUGGGCAUUUUCAAAAAGAGCAAAGAUAUUUUUGCGUUAAUGGUAAUGAGAUUGAUCAGCGGUUUUGAAAGAUUACCCGCCAACGCAAAUAAAUUCUAGUCCACACUCCACAGACUAGACUACUUU